AUGAGCAAGUGGGCAAUAACGUUGAGCAGCUAUGACAUCACUUAUCAACCUCGGACAGCGAUAAAGUCACAAGCAUUAGCGGAUUUUGUGGCUGACUUUAGCCCUACACUAGAGGCAAUAGCCCAAACAGAGGUAAGUAUGCUUGAAGUUAAUACGACUAACAGUAAAUGGAUCUUGCAUGUAGAUGGAUCUUCCAACUUUCGGGGUGCCGGUUUAGGCGUAUUGCUAAAGUCGCCACAAGGGGACAUCAUAGCCCGAGCUAUCAGUUGCGACUUCAAAGCUACCAACAACGAGGCAGAGUAUGAGGCGCUGUUAGCAGGAUUAACAUUGGCUAAAGACUUAAAAGCUACUGAAGUUGAAGCAUAUAGUGACUCAUUGCUCAUCGUCAGCCAAAUAAAAGGGGAAUUUGCCGCCAAAGACUCCAAAAUGACGGCAUAUUUGGACGCCGUCCAAUCAAAGGUAAAAUUGUUUGAUAAAUUUGACAUCUUUCAGAUUCCCAGGGACCAAAACACGCAAGCAGAUGCAUUGGCAAACAUUGGGUCAGCCAUGAGAAAGUCAGGGUUCAAAAGCAUACCUAUAGUGCAUCUGUCGGCGCCAGCGGUCCACAAAGCAACCACAGCUGAUAAAGUCAACGACAUCGCGACGGACGUUAACGACAUUGACGUCAGUAAUGCUGCUACUGCGUCAACAAGCUGGCAGACCCCGUUCAUCCAAUAUCUUAAGGAUGGCAUCCUCCCCGAAGACAGGCUGCAAGCCAGAAAGGUACGAUUCAGGGCUUCUAUGUAUGUUUUACUUGACGGUAUACUCUUUUGGAAGUCCAUUGCAGGACCAUACCUAAGAUGUCUCGACGGCGACGAAUGCCGGCAAGUGUUACAAGAGAUGCACGACGGAUGUUGCGGCAAUCAUUCGGGAGGACGCAGCCUGUCAAACAGGACUUUACGCAUGGGAUAUUAUUGGCCGACGUUACGACAAGACGCCGUCGAAUACGCUAAGAAAUGCGACGCCUGCCAGCGACAUGCCGCCAUGUCACACAAACAUGCAGAAAGGCUACACCCUACUAUCACCCCUUGGCCCUUCAUGAGCUGGGGAAUGGACAUCGUCGGAAAACUCCCUCAAGCACCGGGGCAAAAGGUGUUUAUGUUAGCUUUGACAGACUAUUUCUCCAAAUGGAUUGAGGCUGACUCCUUCACUCAGGUACGCGAUAAAGAGGUUAUUACUUUUAUAUGGCGUAACAUCAUAUGCAGGUUCGGCGUCCCUUCUGAAAUCAUCUGUGACAACGGUUCUCAAUUCAUAAGCACACCCACGAGAAAUUUCUUGGCCAAGUGGAACAUACAACUCAGCACCGCGACGCCUAGGUACCCGCAGACCAACGGUCAGGCCGAGUCUAGCAAUAAAUCAAUCCUCAAAGUCAUCAAGAGGCGUCUCAAAGCAGCCAAAGGUAAAUGGGCGGAGGAGCUCCCGUCAAUUCUCUGGGCAAACAGAACUACUCCUAGGACGGCGACGGGGCAAACUCCUUUCUCCUUAGUCUAUGGAUGCGAAGCUGUCCUUCCCCCUGAGGUACGUGUCCCGACAUCACGUUAUGGGUUAUUGACGCCAGACAGGAAUGACGAAGAGCUAAGUCAUGACAUCGUGACGAGUGAAGAAUUAAGGGAGGCGGCCUUUGUUCGAAUGGCGUCACAACAGCAGAUAGUGACCAGGAGCUUUAAUAAAAACGUCAAGGCUAAAAACAUUUAG